AUGUUGACCUCUCAAGUGGCAGCUAUAUCUGCAUUGGAAAACCCCAAUGCUUUGAAGGUACUGGCGACGCUACAAGAGUUAGGACCUUACAAGUCAUUCGAGAGCUUCAAGGCCGGAUAUGACGCUGUCCAAAGUGCUGGACUGAUCGACACGCCUCAAGCCUUCGACAAUAGCGACGAAAACUUCGGUGCUAUGCGUCUUGGCAUUCGAGGCUACAAGAUUAAGCUCGUGAACGGAUGCGAGUGGUCGGAUCCGCUCGACAGUCUCUCGGACUCGUUGGUGCUGGAACAGUGCAACGAUCCUACUGUCGACACUGCCAUUUCGAACCACAAGGUCUUCGUACAAGACUUCUCAUCUAUGGGACAGUAUACGGACUCCAAUAAGACCGAGUCGAAGUACGCACCCAAUGUCGUGGGGUUCUUCUGUAACAACGACGCCAAGGGUUUACUACUGCCUUUGGCUAUCAAGAUUGUGGAUACGGGACUCACGUACACGAAAGAGGACUCUGCGGGAGAGUGGCAGCUCGCCAAGAUGGCGCUAGAUGCGACGGAGCUCAACUUCCAGCAGGUGUUCCCCUUGGUGCAUACACAUUCGUUGUCCAUCCCGAUCCGAGUCGAGAUGAUGCGUAGUAUGGCGACGGAACACCCGAUUUACGCACUACUAAACUACCACUUCUUCGGUGAUAUAGCACUGGAGUAUUUAGGCGGAAAGGUUCUCCUCUCUGUUGACACGCCAUACGACCAGUCAAUGGCGUUCGGUGCCAGUGGAUCCAUGCGCUACAUCUACGAUGAGUUCUCGAACACGUCAAUGAAAAAUGAUUUCCCCGCUGAAAUUGCACGGAAUGGACUUGAGUAUCUACCGAAUCACCGCUACGUUAAGUAUGGUGCGACGUACUAUUCCGUCAUUAAGACCUUUGUCACGUCUUACGUGAAAGCUGCAACAGCGCUCUACAACACACCGCUGCCCACGGAAAAGGGUGUGGACGUCGACGUAUUCGACUACGUGAUUCCGUCGGACGUCUUCCCGUUGUUGUCCUACAUGGCGAUGCGGUUCUACCGUCCGAUCCCAGCUGCCAAGUCAGUGUUGAGUGCAUACACCAUGUCGCCGUUCUCCGAUGAGACCGUCCUGCAGGAUGCCAUUGCCCAAUUUCAACAGAGCAUGGCAGCCAUGGAAAUUACUGUCGACUCGAUUGAGGCUGAAGAAAAGUAUCCGGUCAUGUUCGUGAAGCCAUCGCUGUUGCCUUGGUUCUCGUACGUUUAG